AAAGCCCAUGCAAACUUGUAAUGCUCAACACACGUUUUUAUGGCGCCUUGCCCGAGGAAGAAAACGUGCUUAUCCAGUUAGUCCUCAAACUUCUAGUACGGGGGAAAGAGAAGACAUCAUUUGUUUUUCUCAAUUAUCCAUCAAUUUUAGUUAUUGAAUACGGAGUACGACCUUCGUGGGUUAAAUCUCGGGUAUGAUCUAAUCGACUCUACGUCAUUGCUCUAUUUCAUACAAGUAUGGAGUAGGUCCCAAAAAUAAAUAAAUCAGGUAAAUCAUUUGUCUGAUUCCUCAAACAAUAUACCCUGUAAAGAAAGCAUCUUUUUCAGUUAAUUCUUGAUUAUAAUCUGUCUUCAAAUUUUACCAAUUUUAAAACAUUCAAUCAAGUCAAAUUUUACUGUAUUGAGGUUGAAGUGAAUUUGAUUUCCCUUUGAAGAACUAUGAUGAUAGGCAAGAUGUUCAAUCAGUCAAUUUUGAUCAUGUUAAUGCUUGUAUCAAUAUGCUGUAUGAUUGUGGUAAUUAUGUCAAUGUAUAAAUUACCUGAUUUACCAAUUGGGCAGAAUAAUGAUUCCUCAAAAUUUGAGAAAUUGGGAAAAUUUGGGGAAAUGAUGAUUGAAAUGUUACCCAAUGAUCUUGCAUUUACAGUGUUUGUGCCCUCUGAAAAGGCCUUUGAACAUGAUUUGGGAUUGAAGGCAAACCAAAGUUUUUCCCCAAAAGAGUGGGAUAAUGCAUAUGCAACGGUUUCUCAUGUACUAGGUUUUUCGGCCAUUCCUCGAAAGAUCUAUGCAAACUCACUCCCUAUUGAAAAGGGAUUAUCUUAUGAUUCAGUAUCUGGAUUUACAUUGUAUAUUUCCAAGGAUUUUGAUGGGGUUUUGGUUGUUAAUAGGGUUAGGGCAAAACAAGUUGAUAUUAACAGAGGUGAGCUGGUGCUGCAUAUAAUGGAUGGGGUUAUAAUGGAUUCUGAAUUUGAGCAGUCUGUUAAGCCUGAUGAAGAUGAAGAUGAAAUGGGAACCAAAGUUUAGUUUUGGUAUGACUAAUUUCCCAGUUCUGGUUUAAUGGGUAUCGAGAAUUCGAGAUUAAUUUUCGAGGUUACAUAACAUUUUGAAGUUUACAGGACUUUUUUGUGUAGGCUUUCUUGUACAAUUGUACUUUCAUGUUAAAAAUACAGUUUGGGGGAAGUGUAAUUGCCUAUAGAACGGUUGAAUCUGGUGAAAUUGAUUAUAUUAGUUCAAAAGGGUUUUGCUUCACA